CACAGCUUGAGGAAUGUUCCGGGAUGACUGCCAAAUUCGUGGUUCUCAUUUUGCUUGCUCUCCCUAGUUUGUCGAGUCAGCUGAAAAAAGUAAGCUGCCUCACAAAGUCACCGAUUGGCGCAUUGUGGUUGCCUAUUAUACCCUGUCGAUCUUACGUCAACGAGUCAGGACUCAGCGCUUACCACUCAGCUACUUUUAGCCCCCAAGCCUACCUCUUUAAUAUAACUAGAAUUAGCUUGUGGGUACUGUCAAUUGGGUAGUAUCGAACAUUCUAUUCAACAACUGAACUCUCGCUGGAAACAUACACAAUCUGGUUUUGCUAUCGACAAUCAAUUUCCUCUCCGUCGACAGUAUACACAAAGACACGCCGAUAGCACCAAAGUGCCGAUAUCUACUCCAUUUACAUACCCUCAAUCAAUAUAUCAUCAGCUACAAUGAAUUUCAAGUGGCUAUCGCUCUUGAGUCUCUGCUUAGUCUCACAGGCCAUUGCACUACCUACCUUAUCCCGACCACAAUUUGCUCGCGGUGAGGAGAUCACCGACGGUACUCAGAUCGGUGAAGGAUGGAAA